AUGCCUAACGAUAACACGCCGGUAUGUGGCUGCGGAGUCGUCCUGGAUUUACCCAAGUCGCGAAACGGCAUGACAGCGAUAUCCACAAGGAACUUCACCAUACUGAUUCCCAAGCCAAGCAAAAAUAAUGACAGUGGCAAGGUCGAAGGCAGUAGAUCCGCGACGAAGAAGACGGCGGAACCGGAGCAUGUAACGAGGGGUCGGGGAUCGAACAGCAGGACUUCCGAUUCAGGCAGCACAAGCUCCGUCAGCGAGCACUCAACAAGAAUGAUAAAAAACAAGAAGAAGGAUAGACAUAUUAAGGCAUCGAGAAGGACUCGCAGUGCGGAUAGAGCCGAGUCCCAUUACACCUACAUAGAUUCGGGAUCGAGUAUCGUAGGCUCAGGAAUACGUCAGAAUACGAUCGCGGAGGCUGUUUACUGUACCAUUGACAGUGACUUUGAAGAGCAGCAGCAACAGCAGCAGCAGCAGCAGCAACAACAGCCGCAACAACAGCAUCAACCGCAGCAGCAGCAGCAGCAGCAGCAGCAACAGCAGCAGCAGACGAUGACACUCGCGGCAAAUGGCGGCGGAGCUGCGAAUAAUACGAACGUCCACCUUGGCAUGCAGAACAAUCGAGCCCAGCAUUCGGCUUACACGGUACCAUCGAUGACUUCGCCACCGCCCAGCUACGACGUUGCCAUCGCCAAUUCUUGGCAGACGGGUUUGCCACCCUCGUACGAAGAGUACUUGUGCCACAAGCACGUUUUGCUCUCCCGUUCGCAUACCCCACCACCACCGUGGUCGGACUCGUCCAACUCGGGGCCCAUGUUACCCGGAGCCGCGCCCAGCCUGAACCUUCAGCAGAUGAGUCGCGAGCUACUGGCCAAUCAUCCAGAUCGGUGUGUAUAUUUGGACCAGGAGUAUCGGCGUCUGCUCAAUCAGCAUAUGGCAUUCAAGAAACAAGCGACAAGGAUGCAACGAACGCGGACCAUGUCACCCAGGUCGUUGAGCGAGAGUCGGGCACAUCAGCAGCGCAUCGCAAUGAUGUACGAGGAUGGUGCCUUUUGCAUGGAAACAACGGCAAUUCAGUCGGCUUUCGAGAACGGAGUAGCCUUUUGCAGUCUCAUGUAAAGAGGCUGAAGAGGAACGCUAAACGAAAGUGUCGCUGUUACGCAGUCGUUUACUCAACUACACAUCCUCCUCACUCAAUACGUCCACAGGAAUACG